AGGAGGGAGAGGAGGAGCAGGAGGAGGGACGCAGGGCUGCGGCGCCUCCUCCGGGCGUUGGCACCACAGGACUUUCCUUCCCCGCCGUGCGCUCCCCUCCUGUCCGGAGGCUGCCACCCACUCUCGGGCGCUCGCCUGCCCAACCGUCCCAUGGCUUCUCCGGACGACCCUCUGCGCGCAGAACCCAUGGUGAAGGAGCCAGUGGAAGACACAGACCCUAGCACUUUAUCAUUCAACGUGUCAGACAAAUAUCCCAUUCAAGACACGGGACUCCCUAAAGCUGAGGAGUGUGAUCCAAUUACUUUGAACUGCCCAACAAAUUCUGAUGUGCAACAUCAGGGAGAAGAAAAUGGCUUUCCAGACAGCACUGGAGAGCCCCUUUCAGAUGUGAGCAAGGACCCAUCCUGCCCGGAGGACUGCACCUGCUCCUCCUGCUCGCUCCGGGCCCCCACCAUCAGUGACUUGCUCAACGAUCAGGACUUGCUCGACGUGAUUAGGAUAAAGCUGGACCCGUGUCACCCAACCGUCAAAAACUGGAGAAAUUUUGCAAGCAAGUGGGGUAUGCCCUACGAUGAACUGUGUUUUCUGGAGCAGAGGCCCCAGAGCCCCACCUUGGAGUUCUUGCUCCGGAACAGCCAGAGGACGGUGGGCCAGCUGAUGGAGCUCUGCAGGCUGUACCACAGGGCUGACGUGGAGAAGGUCCUGCGCAGGUGGGUGGACGAGGAGUGGCCCAAGAGGGUGCGUGGAGACCACCCCAGGAACUUCUAGGCCUCUGCCCCUUCUCACUGGCCCCCUUGGACCUUGAAACAACCCAGGUUAGGGAGCAACACGAAUCUCUUCUUUUUUGAGUGUAGGAUAAAGACACGGAACCAUGGACACUGGUUUUCCCCCAAGCUGGUGGUUUGAGGGAGGGGUAGGUUAUGUUUCGGUGGCGGAUUUUCAUUUGUUUAGUUUUGCACAUGUUUUAAUUUAAUAUUUGCAGCUGGAAUUGGGAGACAUAUUUUGUAGGCUCAUAUAGGGACCAGGGCCGCAGCCUACAGUCAGCAUGGAUUCAUGCCAUGAUGAAAAUAAAGUGAUCCUCUCCCUGAGUACUGCUGAAGAUUGAAAUAGGAACUAAGACCGUGAUGGCCCCAGUCAUCGUCCAUAGAAUCUUUCAUAAUCACCGGUACUCACCGCUCUGAAGAACACAGCAGAGAAGUUAGCCUUGGGGUCUGUUUGUUACUUUUUUUUGUUCUAAAGUUCUUAGGUGAAUUCCAGGAUAUUGGUAUUACGUGGUGAUGCCCUGCAGAACUAUGUGCCCUUUUUUUAAAUUCAAAUGCUUUUAUAAUUCGUGCACUAUCAAAAAUGUCACUUGCUCAAGUAUUUUUGAAAGAAAUACAAAAAUCGAUGGUUAUCGGGAGGACAGAGUUAGAAGUUAGUAGGUAAAAGGACCACAGGACUGGUGUUUCACAAAGAGAGGACGCAGAAUGCCCUUUUGCCACCUGUGACUUUUCAAAAAUUAACUGAAAAUUCACUUUUACAUCUUUUGUAUAAGGCUGAGUGUUCCAUCCCUGAGGUGUAGCUCUGUUAAGAAGUAAAUAUAAGUCACCUGGCCCAUAAGGGACCCACACCCACCUCUAACACGUAUUAUUCCAUCUUAAAACAGAGACAACACACACAGUAGCUGAGCCAGGAAGGGGAGACUUUAAUGAUGAAUCUGGGAGGGAGGAUAUACAUUAAAAUCCAAAUUUUAAACCAAAUGAAACAUUGGGUCCAAAGAGUAUCUACUGUUCUUAUUUGACGGUUAAGGGGAAGGGAAAGUGUGGGGGAUAGAGUGCUUGUUGUUGAAGGGACCAGAUUUUCUAGGUUUUACUGGGGGGGAAAAAGAGAGAAAGAAAGCAAAGCCUUGGUUUGCUUGACAAUUUCACAAAAGUGCUAUUUGGUUUUGGCUGUGGGUUUAGAAAAUUAAGGCACUUUGUUCCAUUUGGGGGGAUUCUGUAUAAGUCCCUGACUAAAAUAAGCAAAAACGAUGAGUUAACAUUGAAUGGAUACAAGAAAGAUUAGUAUUAACUCAAAAGAAAGUUAUUGUUUUAAACCACAGACGUUUUUUUCCACUAACGGUGACAGCGGUUUCUAUUGUAUUAGGUUGCUAUAAUGAAUAAAAUCAGCUCCAGCAUCAAAUGUAAA